CAGGGAGACGGAUCAAGGCCUUGGAGUAAGCCUGCCUUCCUGCAGCUGUGAGCCGUACUGUCCCGAUAGGCAUGAUGGGCAGGUGGAGGGACUGGCUUCCUAAGCUCCCAUAUGAAGCAAUGUCUUGCUCCCUCCUUGUUGACUGGCUUUUGCGGUGAUCCCUUUUGGAAGGACAGCUUGGUUGUGUGGCUUGGGAAUCUUGCCCCACCAUGGAACUCCUGGAGGAAGUAGAAGUUUCAAUAGUAUCACCUGUUAUUCUUUAAGCCAGAGCUUGCCAACUGGCAGGCUCCACUUAAUGCUUGUUUUAAACACACUGUUUCAUCCUUGUAUUAAUGGCCUGGCUCUUGUUCUUUUUUUUUAAGUCCUGAAUUUGAUGUGAUCUCCAUUUUUCCGCAUUCCAUCUCCACCGCUGGUUCCUGUUGAUUUUUUGAUAAACUCAUAUCGUCUUUUAUUUUGCUCCAUCCAGGACAGAGCUGUGAUGCACGACCAAGAGCUAGCAACUCAUUCUUUCCUCCCUCAUCUUCACAGGCCCGAGAAUAUGCUGUUCCUCCUUUCCCACCCUCUUGUGGACGCCUCACUGUGGCCUAACUCUCAAAGCCUCUGACACUGGUACCCAGGCAAGGUACAAUGUCCCUGCCGCCAUCCAAACUGAUUAGCCCCUAUGGUUCUGACCGGCUGGUACGGCUUGCAGCCACGCUACGGCCAGCACUCUGCGACACCCUGAUCACAGUAGGCGACCAGGAGUUCCCUGCCCACAGCCUGGUGCUGGCGGGGGUGAGCCAGCAGCUGGGCCGGAGGGGCAAGUGGACCCUGGCGGAAGGCAUCAGCUCUUCCACUUUUGCCCAGCUUCUAAGCUUUGUGUAUGGGGAGAGUGUGGAGCUCCAGUCCAGGGAGCUGGGGCCUCUAGAACAGGCAGCCAAGGUGCUGGGGGUACAGGCUCUGGAAGAGGCAUGCCGGCAGGCGCAAAGGGAUAGAACUGAAGAGCUGGAUCACGGGCUAAAGAACCAUGAGGAGGAGCCAGAGCAGCCCACAGGGGACCCUAAGAGAGGAAAAGAGGCUCAGAAACCUGGGACUUGUACAAGUGUUGGGCGAGAAUCGGAGAUGCCACACCAGCACAAGUUACCAAGAGAUAGCCCUGAGAUGCCAGAGGCAAAGCGUGAAGGUCAAGGUCAGUGGCAGCCCACGGGAGCAAAGGAGGAGAGCCGCAGCCAAUCCCUUCCUGGCCAUGGGGGAGCAUAUGGGAAGCAAGCAGCAGUGCUGCGGGUGAAUGAGAGCUCUAGGGGCUCUGAAGAAAGUCUGCGGGAGUUCCCCGGCCCCCUUCCCCCGCCAGGUUCUCUCUGGGCCUUUGACCUCCCGGGGCCCCGCUGGGCUGAGGCCCCAUGGCUGAGGGAGGGCCAGCCCGCCCUAUGGAACAUGCUGUUGUGGCCGCCCAGAUAUGGCACUCCUUUUUCCCAUAGCACCCCAAGCACGGGAACCUGGCAGAAGCUCUGGCCUCUGCACCAGAGGAUUCCACUGUCCCUGAAUGCCCCCAAAGGGCUCUGGAGUCAGAACCAGUUGGCCUCUUCCAGACCUACCCCAGGUUCUCUGCCCCAGGGCCCAGCACAGCUGCGUCCAGGGGAGACACCACAGUCCCAGCAGGGGCACCCAGGCGUGCCCACAACCUGUCUGGAUCGGGAGGGCACUACAGGUCAUCCACUUGGCCAACAACCUCCCCUGCCCCCUCCCGCGAGGUCUCGGCCCUACUCUUGUCCUGUCUGUGGCAAGAGGUUUUCACUCAAGCACCAGAUGGAGACGCACCACCGAGUCCACACAGGAGAGAAGCCCUUCUCCUGUGGCCUCUGUCCUCAGCGCUCCAGAGAUUUCUCGGCCAUGGCCAAGCACCUGCGGACGCACGGGGCCGCGCCCUACCGCUGCCCUCUGUGCGGAGUCGGCUGCUCCAGCCUGGCCUCCAUGCAGGCGCACAUGCGCAGCCACUCGCCCAGCCAGCUGCCGCCCGGAUGGACCAUCCGCUCCACUUUCCUCUACUCUUCCUCCUCGAGACCGCCCCGGGCCUCGACCUCUCCCGGGAGUCCGUCUUCCGCCUGUCUCUGAUGGGGUGUGGAUUUGUCCUUUAAGUUUCUUUUAGCCUUGGCCAGGAAUGCAACUAAAGAAUGAAAGAUGGGAAGGCUCCGCUAGUGAUCCGGAAACCACAACCUCUGCUUCCAGGCGAUUCUGCCGCCGGGGUGGGGGGGGCCUCGACCCGCCUACUACCAUGCCAGCGAACCCCUGUGGAGUGGCGGUGAUUCCAGUCUGCGAGAGCGCGGACGAACCGCAGGGGGAGGGAGGUUGUCGAUUGCAUCACCAUAAUAAAAGAAUUUCCUGUGCUUUUCCGCUUAGGGC